AUGGCCACGCAGGAAAAUAUCCAGCGGCUUAUCCAGAUUCGCAACGCACGGCUACAGGCAGCCUCGGAGGCGCGCGACGUGGACGCGCUCAUGAAAUGGCAAGCUGCGGAUGCCACAUUUACAGACAUGGUCCAUGGCACCGUCGUCUCUGGCUGGGACGCGGUGCGCGACCACUAUGCCCAAAUGUACCGCGCCAUGCCGACGUUCCGCAUCCUCCGGUCCGAGACGACCGGGUAUACUCCCGAAUUCGUAGUCGGCGAGUUUGAGUGCGAGGCCGUUGCGGGCGCGGACAUGCCGCAGUUGGGCGUGAACAAGGGAGACGUCCUUGGGAUAAAGGCCGUUUCCUUGUUUUGGUGGCGAUGGCAAGGCAAAGGUGAGUGGACGGGUGCCUUGGACGACGAGGCCGUUGGGGGGUGGAAGAUUUAUAGAGAGAGGGUAUAUAGUGUGCCGGUGUUGUGA